AUGUCUGACCAGCACGGUCACCCUCCUCCCGCCACCGCUCCCACCGCUGCCACUACCGACACUCCCACCACUGCCUCCACCACCGCCACCAGAGCCCCCACUCCCGGCACCACUCCCACCGCUGCCACCACCUCCACCGCCUCCACCACUUCCACUGCUGCCCCCACCACCACCCCCGCUGCCACCCCCACCACCCCUGCCACCCUUGCCCUUGCUGCUGCGGCGCUUCCCACUAGUGGAAGCAGCUCCGACAUCCUCAGCACCAAGGACGUCAACAGCAGCAGCAGAGUGUAG